UUCAAGAUGAAGUUUGAGAAUGUGCUGGCAGAGGUAGAUGGCUUUGGGAGAUUCCAGUUAUGGAUGAUCCUCUUGAUGGUAAUUCCUCGCGUGACUUUGCCGUUUCACUUUCUACUGAAUAAUUUCAUUGCGGUUAUUCCCUCUCACCACUGCGACAUCAGCUCUCUGGAUGAUGGUGCUGAUUUUAAGAAUUUAUCCCUGGAAGAGAGGCUUGUUGUCAGUAUUCCAGUACAAGAGGAUGGGACUCCAAGCUCCUGUCAGAUGUUCACAGAACCUCAGUAUCAUCUGCUGCACAGCACCUCUAACAUUACCGACCUACCUACAGUGCUAUGCCAGAAUGGAUGGGUGUAUGAUAACACCACCUUCAAGUCCACCCUGGCCACAGAGUGGGAUCUGGUUUGUGAUAAGAGAAGAGUGAACAAAGCCACAGCCACCAUUUUUUUCAUGGGAGUCAUGCUUGGAGCAGCAGUAUUUGGAUAUCUCAGUGACAGGUUUGGUAGGAAAAGAACACUUCUGCUGUCCUACGUGACAACCACAGUCUUUGGAUUUGCAAGCGCUUUCUCAUAUAAUUUCACCAUGUUUGCUGUCAUGAGGUUCUUUACUGGAUUUGGAAUUUCUGGAAUAAGUAUAAUCUCCAUUGUCCUUUGCAUUGAAUGGGUAGACAUCAAGCAUCGAACUGCAGUGGGUGUUUUAAUGAGCAUGGACUGGAGUGUUUCUACUGCUGUGCUACCUGUUGUGGCCUAUUUUGUGAAUGACUGGAGGUACCUGACUGCCACAGCAACCGCCCCACUGUUUCUUGCGAUGAUCUGUUGGUGGUGGCUCCCUGAGUCUGCCAGGUGGCUUAUAAGCAAUGGAAAACUCAACCAUGCUCAUUUUUACCUGACCAAGUGUGCAAAGGUCAACCACAGAGAGCAGUUCAUGGCUGACCUAAAGCCUGAAAUUCUGUCCAAAGUAAUACUUGUAGAAAAUGAAAACAGAAAAUAUUCCUAUUUGGACCUUGUGAAGACUCCCAGAAUGAGGAGACUGGCUCUGCUUACUGGCAUUGUGUGGUUUGGAGUAGCCUGUACAUAUUAUGGAAUCAGUUUGAAUGUCGCUGGAUUUGGUGUGAACAUUUAUCUCACACAGUUCAUCUAUGGUGCAAUUGAAAUCCCAGCAAAGGCCUUUAUCUUCUUCACCUUGAACAAAAUAGGUCGAAGGUUGAACCAGGCUGGGACACUUCAUCUGAGUGGACUGUGUUUAUUCUGCAACAUAUUUAUCCCCGAAGAAAUGGGGCCGUAUCGGUCAGCUGUAGGAGCUUUGGGAAAGAUGUUUGCAGAGGCAGCUUUUACUACUGUAUUUCUGUACACAACAGAGCUCUACCCCACGGUAAUGAGACAAAACGGAUUAGGCUACAGCUCCUUAAUGGCACGUUUGGGCGUAUCUGCAUCCCCCCUGAUCAUGCUUCUUGAGGAAGUGUGGCUUCCACUGCCGAAUGCUGUUUUCUUCUUCGUGGCUUUUGUUGCAGGGCUGUCAGCUUUUUUUCUUCCUGAGACACUAAACGUCCGUCUACCAGAGACCAUUGAGGAUGUGGAACAGACGAGAAGACGAUCUAUCUCUACGUCUGAUGAGAAAUCUCCACCAUAA